AUGGCUAAGAAAGAGAAAAAGGCUAAGGUCGCUACCAUCACCACGAAGAGCGGGGAGUCCCUGAAAGUGUUCGAGGAGCUCAACGACUUCGAGACGUUCUUGCGCGGGGAGGUCGAGGACAACGAGUUCGACCACGUCCAUUGCAAAGCCAAGUACUACCCGCCAUUUGUGCUGCACGAGUCCCACGACGACCCCGAGAAGAUCAAGGACACCAACAACUCCCACAACAAGAAGUUCGUGAGACACUUGCACCAGCACGUCGAGAAACACUUGCUCAAGGACAUCCGCGAGAUGUUCCAGAACCCAGACCUAAAGUUCAAGAACAAGUCCAAAGAGGAGACCUUCGAGAAGAUCACCUGGCAUUACGCCGACGAGUCAGAGCUCAACGCUAAGAAGUUCAGAAUCCAACUUGACGUAACGUGUACCCACGACGGGGCCAUGGUCGACGUCGACUACCGGACCGAGCCCAUCGCCGCGCAGGAGCCCGUCAUAUAG